AUGAAUACCGACGCGAAACGCAUUUUCAACAAGUUCGACAGCCGCGGAUUUCCGAGUUCGUACCAGCACAGCGCUGGCGGACAACUACAAGACCGGUUCAACAGCCCAACCGUGAUCCUCACAAUUGUCGUACUCGCCGCCACCAUAGUGUACCAGGCGGCCCACCAACAUCGUCGACUUUCUUUGCUUCUCCAGCGUCUAUGUGACGCCGCGGUCACUGUCAUUCCGGCGCGCGUCAUCUUUGCCAUCGACCGUUUCAUGAACCCCCCGCUUUUUCCGACACACAUGCUCGAACCGCAGCUGCCGACACGUGCCGCCAAAAGCGAUGCCCUGAGAAGGAUUCUGGGAAUCGAUAAUGGGGGCGGAAUUAUUAGCUCGGUCGCGCAGGCUGGACGUAAAAGCCUGAGCGGUCUUACCGGCGCUUCUCUGCCAAGAGCUGCGGGCGACCAUCCGGCUGGUUUGGGAAAUUACAACAAUUCCUGUUACCAGAACAGCAUCCUGCAGGGACUGGCAUCGCUCACGCCUCUUCCGGCGUAUCUGUCUGCAAUCUCUGCCGAGGGGGGGCUCGAUCGCUCUCCGACUCGAACCGCCGACACGUUGCGGGCGUUGAUUGUCGAGCUCACCGACCCCUCGAGCAAUGGCCGGACACUCUGGACGCCAAAGGCGUUAACGAACAUGAGUACGUGGCAGCAACAAGACGCACAGGAAUAUUACUCGAAGCUCCUAGACCAAAUCGACAAUGAGAUUGCGAAGGCUGCCCGUGCUCUCAAAGACGUAAGCGCUCUCGACUCGGACCGCGCCAGCUACGACUCCUCUGCCAGCCAGCAUAGCGAUGACAGUGGAUAUCAAAGCUUGCAUAGCCACCCCAAGUCUGGGCUUGAGGCUCCCCGUCUUGCUCGAAACCCGCUCGAAGGGAUGAUGGCACAGCGCGUGGCCUGCGUCAAUUGUGGUUACUGUGAAGGAUUGAGUAUGAUUCCGUUCAAUUGUCUGACGUUGACGCUCGGUAACCGCGCUGAACACGAUCUUUACGAGCGGCUCGACCACUACACCAAGGUCGAGUCGAUUGCGGGCGUCGAGUGCGUCAAAUGUUCCCUAAUCGUGGCCCGAGACGUGCUCAAGACUCUUGCUGAGCGCACCGGGGCCGUCCCCGAGUUUCAACAGAGACUGCAAGUCCUGGAAGAGGCCCUCGAGGAAGAAGCGUUUGACGAAAGCACUGUGGCGGGAAAAUGCAGAAUCACGCCAAAGAUGAGGGCUAGCUCGACAAAAACGAAGCAGGUUGUGCUUGCGCGACCUCCGCCGAGCCUGGCUUUCCACAUCAACCGGUCUGGCUUCGACGAAGAGACGGGCUACAUGUACAAGAACUCGGCUGCUGUCCGCUUCCCUUUGCUACUGGACCUGGGGCCUUGGUGUUUAGGCAGUACGGAUGGCCAGACGUCCUUGAAAGAAGGUGCGGCUACCGUUGGGGAUGUUGAGCAGUGGACGCUAGACCCUAGGGUGUCCAUGGUAGCGGGAGACCGGGAGCCGAGUAGGAUCACGGGCCCGAUUUACGAACUACGCGCGGUAGUCACGCAUCAGGGCCAUCACGAGAACGGGCACUACGUCUGCUACCGGAAACAUCCCCCCUCUUGUCCCCCAACCAAGAAGAGUGUGGCGGCUGAGCGCAUGGACCUGGACGACGAGACGGAGCCAGGGGAUACCGAACACAGCGCGAGCGAGGCAGAUGGAUCGUGCUCAAGUCAAGACGAGCCACAAUCCCAGUGGUGGCGGUUGAGUGACGAGCAUGUGGCCCAAGUGGAUGAGCGCACUGUUCUCUCCCAGGGCGGUGUGUUCAUGCUGUUUUACGACCGUGUCGAUCCCAACUCGAUACUGGUGUCGGAUGCGAACCGACAUGCCGCUACGGAGCAAGGCUUGGAAGAUGCCAAGAUGCUGGGCAUGUCGCUUGCGGACGAUCUAGCACCGUGGUGUGUUGUACCUAGCCCAAGCGCGGUGCAGGAAAAUGGGGAGAUUUUGGCGGAUUCGAACCCUCCGACACCGUUCGACAAUGGUCUUCCACUACCCAGAACACCGAUACCGGCGAGUGGGUUGGAUGAGAUGGCCGGUCAGCGGCAACCUUCGCCAUCGGGUUCUGAUGAACCCCCGGAGUGGCUCGCCCGUCCCUCCGUUCGGAAGGCAGAUCCGGCGGAAGAUCAGGAUAUAGGUCAGGUGCCAACAGAGUUUCCGCAGUCUCUUGCUCAAGUCCCUGGGGUUUAG